AUGGCUCCAGCUUCUCGAACCUUGGAAAGUUUGUAUAGAAUUCUCCAGACUUCUCAACGACCUCAUUCGUUACCUUCGUCACCUCAUUUGUCAAAAAUAAGUCAUUUGCAUAUUCAAGAAAAUAUUAAUCCAUCAAUCACCAAUAUUACUCGUUACGAAUCAUUGUCAAAUGAAAAUUUACAACAAGAACAGAGAUCUUUAACGAAUGAUGAUAAUGAUCCAAUUGAAUUAGAUCGUAUGGAUUCGCCAUCAUCAACUAAUCAACAACAGAGUUCAGCAACGAAAUCACCUCUACAAAAGUCUACAUCAAUAACAUCAGUUCCAGUUUUAACAAAUAUUUUAUCUCCUGUUCAUGUACCAUUUUCAAUUUUUGAUCCAAUGUCUUCGAUUAAUUCAGCAACAACCACAACAUUAGCUUAUACAUCAUCAAUUUCUCAUUUUCAUGAAGUUCACCCUCAACGCUUAAUGAGCAACAAAGAUAUACCAUUAACAAAUCGACGUUGUCCAUGUUCAUAUUGUAACACAUUAAGUUAUAGUAUUGACCAUCAAUUUAUCGAUACAGGAUGUUCAAAGUGGAUUAAUCAACAGUCACCACAAUCAUAUUCAAAUCAACAUUCUAAUUUCUUUCAACAAGAUUCAAAAAACUUGCAUCAACAAUAUCCACAACUAAUUCGUUAUUCACAAACAGCAACAACAUCAAUAGUUCAAUCCUUAGCUCCACAACAAUAUCUGAUUCAACCAUUAUCAACUUAUUAUCAACAACAAAUACCACAAACAACAUAUUACAUAACAGCAAUAAUAAUUUUUCAUCGACAACAACAAUUUCUUUCUUAG